CUCAGAAUCACGAACUCUUUCGAUCCCUGAUAGGGUAUAAAAAAACAAGAUUUCUAUUUUCAUUACAUUACAUUUUUUCAUAGAUUUUGUAUGACAGUAACGAGCGAUGGCGCCACAAACUUUAGCCGAUGCCCGGUAUAAAUAAUUAUCAAAGUGCAAUGGCGUUCUAAAAGUUUUAAUUACGUGUCGAAAGAUGGCGGUAAAUUUACUGUGGCUACAAAAUUUUCUUUGACAAUCCACCUCUAUUUCAAAUUGUCUUUGCUACUACUUGGAUUGCAAGAUUUGCAGGACAGUUAAGUACGACAGAAAAUAUCUGCCUCUUCUGUUUUGUUUAUCGAGAUUUAACUUCCUAAGCUGGCAACCCAAAGCCUGUCAAAUGAAAUGCGGCAAUAAAAUAAGCCGCAUAGCAACGCAACUUCGGUUCGGUCAGUCAUCAGCUGUUUGACAGAUUGAGCUUGCGAAGGAACGCAUUUUCGGAAUCUAAAUAAUUUUGCUGACAGAAAAUCAUUACAGAUUUACUGAAACGUGUUGAUAUUUCCUGACUUUACAGUGUAUCGAAAAAAAAAACAUUUCUGUGGUUCCAUUCAGUGAAUCAGUGCUGUGAAAACAAGAACGCACGAGAUCAAUUUAGAAUUUAGAAUUCGAAAUUUUUGCCAUAUCCCCAGACAUGCACGCCUAGACCACCAACCAAAAAUGACCAGUCCAUUCAGGAGGAAAUACACAACCAACAUAUUCCUAAACACAUAAACACUAGACUUCGCCAAAAACUCCAGUGAGAUAGUGUUAUAGUUCCUUUGAGUGAUAUUAGUGAUAGUGAAGUGCCAUUAGUGAUUAAUUAAUAAAGUAAAUAUGAAUUUGUUGUGGUUGGUGGUCGUGCUGGCCGCGGCGAGCGCGGACAGGCGUAGUCUACCCCCCACUUGUGAUAGUUUAAUAUACUGCCAUGGCCCGCUGCUGGACACGGUGCAGAUGGCCGGCCUCUACAACGACUCCAAGACCUUCGUGGACAUGAAAAUCAAGGUCUCCGCCAACAUCACCAUGGAACACUUCCAGGAGAUGAUGAACAAGACAGAUUCGCGGCCGACAAAAGCGGACAUCAUGGAGUUCGUUAUCCAGAACUUUGAUCCUGAGGGCUCGGAGUUCGAGAAGUGGAUCCCCCCGGACUGGCACGAUGAGCCUGCAUUCCUGAAGCUGAUCAAAGACCCUCAGCUCAUGGAGUGGGGGAGGGAACUGAAUCAGCUCUGGCUGCAGCUGGGUCGGAAGAUGAAGCAGGACGUCAAGGAGAACCAGGAUCUGUACUCCAUCAUCUACGUGGACCACCCUGUGAUAGUACCUGGCGGCAGGUUCCGCGAGUUCUACUACUGGGAUUCCUACUGGAUAAUCAAGGGUCUGCUGCUGUCAGAAAUGAGGUCUACGGCGAGAGGAAUGAUAUCCAACUUUCUGGAUAUUGUGGACCGGAUCGGGUUCAUACCUAAUGGCGGCAGAAUAUAUUAUGCUAUGAGAUCUCAACCCCCUCUCCUGAUCCCGAUGGUGCAGCUGGUGAUGCAGGACUCGUACGACGAGGACUUCCUCCGCCAGCACAUCCACACCAUGGACAAGGAGUUCGACUUCUGGAUGACCAACCACACUGUGGAGGUCGAGCAAAAGAACCACAAGUAUAAGUUAUUGCGAUAUAAUGACAUGUCGCAAGGACCGAGGCCCGAGAGCUACAAGGAAGACGUCGAUGUGGCCAGAAACCUGGACACCCUGGACAAGGAAGAGCUGUACGCGGAGCUGAAGGCGGCUGCCGAGUCAGGCUGGGACUUCUCAUCGCGCUGGUUUAUCCUCAAUGGAACUAACAAAGGCAACCUGACGAAUCUGAAAACGCGCUCCAUCAUCCCGGUGGACCUGAACGCGAUCAUGUGCUGGAACGCGCAGAUCAUGCACGACUUCUACACGAAUCUCGGCAAUGGUGACAAGGCGGAGUAUUACAAGAACGUGCAUGCCAGGCUUAUGGAGGCCAUUGAUAAGAUCCUUUGGCACGAAGACGUCGGCGUUUGGCUAGACUUCAACCUGGAGUCCGGUCGGCGAAGAGACUACUUCUACCCGUCCAAUGUCGCCCCGCUCUGGACCGGCAGCUACGACCGCGCGAGAAGUGAAUACUACGUUAACAGAGUCAUCAAUUAUCUAGAUAUUAGCAAGGUGGACAUCUACGAAGGCGGCAUACCCACAACGUUCGAGCACUCGGGCGAGCAGUGGGACUACCCCAACGCGUGGCCGCCGCUGCAGUACAUCGUGGUGGAGGGGCUGGCGGGCAGCGGGCAGGCCGCCGCCGCGCGCCUCGCGCACGAGAUGGCCACCAAGUGGGUGCGCUCCAACUUCGCUGUCUGGAAGCAGAAGACGGCCAUGUUGGAGAAGUACGACGCGACAGUUUUCGGAGGCUUCGGCGGCGGCGGCGAGUACGAGCUGCAGACCGGGUUCGGCUGGACGAACGGGGUCAUCAUGUCGCUGCUCACUAAAUAUGGAGACACGUUAUCGGCAUCGGACGCGUUCGGCACCGGCGACAGCACCGAGUCGGCGGCGGUCGCGGCGCACGUCGGCGCGGGCGGCGUGGCCACCGCGCUGCUGGUGGUGGCGGCCUCGCUGGCGGCGGGGACGCUAGGAAUCAUGAUGUACCGAAAGCGUCGAGAGUACCAACCACUGUCCACCAUCGGGGAAAACGUGAAGUUCCUGUCUCGGCCCUACACGGAGCUGCGCAGCAUGAACGGCGCCAAGACCAGACUACGAUGAUCUGUAUAGUAUCUAUAGACAAUAUUAUAACUCCAGGGGACUAGCCGAGAUAACCUUGUUCGGAGAACGCUAUCAUUUCCAGACAUUAUAUCUUAGCUAUUCUGCAUAAUAUUGGUACCUUGGCUAGACCCACGGAUAGGUUUAGGGCCCGUACAUUUCAUGCCGUUCACGCAAAAAUGACGUAAUUUAACAUACAGGAAGUUUUUUUUACAAUAUAACAAAUUUAGAUAACUAACCUAUUAACGCGUAGAAAAAUAAAUUCCUAUUACGUAAAAUACACUGUUUAUAAUCAAAAAUAUGUAUUAUUUAAUAAUCUAUUGUUGUUUAUUAAACUUACAGUCUAAGGGCCUGUUUCACAAUGUCAAACUAAAGUAUUGGAUAGCUAAUUAACAAAUAAAUGAACUGCCAGAUAAAACUACCUACAAAACUUAGUAUUUUAUCUACCAGUUAAGCUUAUUUGAAGAUUGUGAAACGCCAACGAUGACAUUAUUCGCCAAAUAAGUGGCAAGUAGCUUAUUCAGGUCAGGACUUUACUUGGAUCUUGGUCUCUAAAGUAUUACUUAGUUGAGUGACAAUUAGAUGAAAGUCAGACGUUUCUGUACUGAUUGGCAAGUAUGUAAUAUAUUAGUUAACUAAAGAGGUUGACAAAUGAUUAAUUAUUACGAAAAUACUAAUUGGAAUCAUACUCUAUGUAGUGUGACGUCAUUUUUUCGUCAACGGCAUGAAAUAUACGGGCCCUGGAUACGCCAAAAUUGAAGAUUGUACAAAUUGUACAGUUGCUCUUUAGUCGCGCCUAGAAAUGUGCACGUACUAACGAGCACCCGCUCACCGAAAGAGAGAGACAUGCUUAUAUUCGAGUGUGACAAAGAUGAAUGGUAUACGAAACUCAAGAAAAACCGAUUCAUUCGUAAUGAAAUAAAUUAUGGAAGUAUUUUUUGUGCUUCUUAUGGGUAUAACCUAUCUAAGCGUUUCUUUAAGAAAAUGCCACUUUCAUUUAUUUUGUAUUUUUUCAUAUUUUUUGUGUUAUUUCUCAGAAUCUCGAGCUCUUUCGAACCUAAUUGGAUAAAAAAUGUCCCAGAGUUUUUCCUAUUGUGUUACCAUUUCCUCAUAUAUUCUGUAUGGCGGUAACAAAAAGGAAAGUUUGAAAAAUGUAUGGAAAUUUUGAGACACUUUUUUUUCUCCUAGAAGGAUGUAAAGGACUCACGAUCCUAACUAGAAUUAACACAAAAAUGGCAGAAAAAAAGAAACUUUCAUCUAUAGAUAUUGAGACAUCAUUAUUGGCUUUUGGCAAAAAUUCAGAAAAGGACAUGAUUGUCAUAUUGACAUAUUACUCAGAUGACAUCGUAGUAAAAUAAAUAUACUAGAUCAACCAAAAAUCUAGACCGAUGACUUUGUGUCAUAUCUUCGAUAAGUUAAUAGUAGAAGAGGUAACUUUAAACGUAUUCUUCAAUCAAUACAUUUGGAUUGUAACUAGAGUCAAACCAAGAUGGCAGCGAGCUUAACAGCCCAGACGGUGCACGUGUUAUUUAUUUUAAACUUCUAUGAAAUUAUGACGUUUACUUGACACUCGCACCGCUAUCAAAAUCGCUGUCAACUUAUCUUGGUCCGACUCUAAAGGGUUAUUGAUUGAAUGCUUGAAUUGAAUCAAAUCGAUUAAAACUUCGAUUUAAUGUAAAAGUGUCUCCAGUGUAACAGACCAAUUGGAAUCUGCACCUGACCACAGAAUAAAUAAUAGUACUAUCGUACAAAACCGAAGAUUGACAGCGAUUCAGGGCCAAAUCAUGCUGUCCCUUUCUAAAGUAUGGCACUAUCCCUUUCGGCUGUUUAGGGUUGUCAAAAUUUAAGUCUUAGUAUCUGUUUUCGUGCACGCAAAGGGACGUCAAGUUGUGCCAACCCUAAUAAUUGCUCGGAGUAAUGUUGACCCGAACGGAGCCGAUAAUGCCCGACACGAGGAAUGUCGCCCCACUGACCGGACAUCACACCGAUAUUGGAAUCAUAUGUGUUAGCUGACAUUCGUAACGCGUCAGACUACUCAAAGCGAAAUGAACGCGCGAAUUGAUUCAAAUAUCUGUUUCAUGUCAGGUGCACUAUCGAAUUGGCCUGUAAACUAAAUUCAGUGAGCAAAACACAAAAAAAAAAAAUUACGUACAAAAGUCGAAACUGUUAACAAAUUUAGACGAAACUAGAAAAAACGUUGGAUAUUUAGAAAAUGGAGUCUGUAAAAUACCAGUUCUUCAAGUGCUGUGAAUGAUUUAAACCUUGUAUAUAUAGAUUUAAGUGCUAAUAUCCUUUAACAUGUACAAUGUAACCGUCUCAGUUUUAUUAUGUUUAAUUAUUUAAUAUUUCUCAGGUCUUUCUAAUUAUAUUUAUCGAAGCUCAAACUUGUUUAAAGCAAUAUUUUGUAUACUUUAUGUCAAUGAAGUUUUGAAAUCACGUUUUUAUUCAAGUAGUAUUUGCGUUUUAUUUUUUGGCGAUUUAAACAAGAAUAUGCCUACAUUUACUAAUUUUGACGACCUGUCUGGGCUAGUGGGUAGUGACUUUGCUUAUGAAGCCGAAAGUCCCGGGUUCAAAUCCUGGUAAUAGCGUUCCUGAGUCAUGGGUGUUUAUUAUGUAUUAUAUUUAGUCUAUGUAUUUAAUUAUUUAUAUAUUAUAUAUAUCGUUGUCUAAGUACCCUCGACACAAGCCUAAUUGAGCUUACUGUGGGACUUAGGCAAUAGUGCAAUAAUAUCCUAUAAUAUAUAUUUAUUUAUAUUAAAUGCAAUCCUAUUGAAUUU